AUGUCGGCCAUAAUUGCUCGCCGCCUUGGAUCGAUUGCCCGUUCAUCCCGUGUUUCAUCUUCAUGUAUGCGUCUUCUGAGACGUUCAGCGACUACGCAUUUCGGUUUUCAGACGGUGGAUGAAGAGGACAAACAAAAGAAGGUGAACCACGUUUUUGAAAAUGUAGCUGAAAAAUAUGACCUAAUGAAUGAUGCUAUGAGUUUUGGCAUUCAUCGUUUGUGGAAAGAUUGCUUUGUCCGUCAAAUUAUGCCCACAGACAAUUUAAAUUGUUUGGACCAAAUUCUCCCUACCAGAACUAGGGAAAUCAAGAGCAGAAAAACUUGUUACUCCUCACCGUGUUACGCAUUAGUUUCCUGGGUCGAAGGCAAUGCGGAGGAAUUACCGUUUGAAGACAAUACUUUCGAUUUGUACACUAUUGCAUUUGGCAUACGCAAUUGUACACACAUCGAUAAGGUGUUAGCUGAGGCCAACAGAGUUUUACGUCCUUACGGGCGCUUUUUCUGUCUGGAAUUCAGUCACGUCACUAAUCCUCUUCUGAACAUGGCUUAUGAUGUUUACUCAAUGCAAGUAAUUCCUGUCAUGGGUCAGCUUAUCGCGGGCGACUGGGACUCCUAUCAAUACCUGGUUGAGAGCAUUCGCCGUUUCCCCAAUCAAGAUGAAUUCGCCGACAUGAUUCGGAGCGCUGGAUUCUCUUCGGUAAACGUGCAAAACUAUUCCGGCGGUAUUGCCGCAGUUCACAGCGGUUUCAAACAUCCACGGAAUACCAAACCUUAG